CACUCUUACGCCGUAGCUAAAAAACACCAAAGAGGGUGUUAUGUAUUAGAGGAUUGAGGAUUAAAACCAAACAUAACCGAAUUGCAUAUUUUUUCCGACACCCUCAAUUAGAAGGUGUGAAGUGUUUAACUGUGCUUCAUAAAAAUAAUUAUACAGUGCAAGUGAUAAUAAAAGCAUCAUGUGGACAAAAACUUUUUAUUUUGGCAUAACAAAGUCAAUGAAAUAUAAUUAUUAAUACUGUUAUACUCAAUUUAAAUGUACAGUACUUCAACAACCCAUUGUUUCGACGCGCCUAUAAAUCAGAAAUGGCGAAUAUUCUAUGUAUCAUAAUAUUUAUGAUAUUUUUAGGAGUUAAAUCUUCUCAGGAUAUUAAUAUGUCAAUAGGUGACAUACAACAUGCACCAUUAUUAGAUGAUAAACAAAACGGUUUAGACAGUGAAGAACCAACAGAAUUUCCAAAUCAAGAAAAAUACGUCCAUGGAGUACAAAGAAAAUUGACAUGCUAUUCGUGUGAAGCAGAUGAAUGUAUAAUACCUGGAUUAUGUUAUGAUGCAGCUGUAUGUUGGAAGUCUACGGUCAGGGAAGUUGACGGUACAGAAAGGGUAAAAAGAGCAUGUACUUCAAUGCCUGAUCAAGUAUUAUUGACUUGUAAUAAAAAGCCUCCCAAUAGUAAAUCAGAAGCUGUAUACAACGUAGAAUGCUGCUUUUCAGAUUUGUGUAAUAAAGGACCGUUUCCAGUUUUAGAACCUUUAAGCGACAAUGGAGAAAAAUAUGCAACUAAAUUAGCUCUUUCAAUUAUGGGUUCAAUAAUAGUAGUUUCUAUAAUUAUUGGUGGAAUUAUAUUCUUUACAUUAUUGAGUAAAACGCGAAGAAAACGAUCUUUAGUUCUAAAAAGGAAUAAAUUAUUAGUUGAUCCUGAAUUAGAACCUUCGAUGUUACAUUUUCCUUCUUCAUCACUGACAUCUUCAACCAAUUAUCAUCCACAUGAACUACGAGCUACUGCAGCGGGAGACAGUACAUUAAAAGAAUACUUAGAUGGUAGAAGCUUAACGAGUGGCUCAGGUUCGGGAUUACCAUUGCUUGUGCAACGUACUCUAGCAAAACAAGUGGCAUUGGUUGAAUGUCUCGGUAAUGGAGGAUCAAGUGGAUUCGGUGGAGAAGUUUGGAGAGGAGUUUGGCAUGGUGAAAGCGUUGCGGUAAAAAUUUAUUUUUCACGCGAUGAAGCAGCUUGGGCACGUGAAACUGAAGUGUAUUCACACCUUUUGCCAUCACGCCAUGACAAUAUUCUUGGCUAUGUAGGAAGUGAUAUGACAAGUAGAGCUAGCUGCACACAGUUAUGGCUCGUAACUCAUUAUCAUCCUCUUGGAUCACUUUAUGAUUAUUUAAAUCGUUCACCUCAUCCAUUGACACACCACCAAACACUUAAUAUUUGCCUGGGAAUGGUAAAUGGCCUAUUAUACCUACACACAGAAAUACACGGUACAAAAGGCAAGCCUUCAAUAGCGCAUCGUAAUCUUAAAUCGAAAAAUAUUCUUGUUAAAACAAAUGGCAGUUGUGUAAUUGCUGAUUUCGCUCUUACAACAACACAAGAACGGCUGAGUACCGAUAGAAUUGAUUUACGACAAGGGACUAAGCGCUAUAUGAGUCCUGAAAUAUUAUCGCAAACGUUGAACGUUGAAUGUUUAGAGAGUUUUAGACGUGCUGAUAUAUACAGUCUUGGUCUGAUAAUGUGGGAAGUCUGUAGGCGAUGUAUUAGUAAUGGUGUUGCUCUUGACUAUGCUGCUCCAUACUCGGAGUGGCUUGCAAGUAACACACAAGAGCCAUCAAUUGAAGAGAUGCGUAAAUUAGUUUCUUAUGAUCAGCGUAGACCGCCUUUACCGAAUCGUUGGCAUUCGGAUCCGACUUUAUCCGGUAUCGGAAAACUCAUGAGAGAAUGUUGGCACGGCAAACCAGCAGCACGAUUACCAAUUCUUCGAGUUAAAAAGACAUUGAUAAAACUAGCAGCCAAUGAUUCUCGUGUUCACUUAACAAUUGACUGACCAGAGAUUAUAGUAAUAAUUUCAUACAUAUAUUUAUUUUUAUUAUUAUUAUUAAUAUUUCACUGAUAUCUCAUUCUAAUCAAAUAUUCAAAUAUUUUCAUAAUAAAUCGUAACUCCCUCCAGUGUUUUAUAUUACACUUGAAAGAGUAUGUUGAUUGUUUUAAAUAUUUGUUAAUUUUUAAUCAUUUAUCAACAUCAUCAGCAUAAUUAAGGUAGUAGUUUGCUAACUUA